GCCUUAAUGGCGGCGCCUCGCAGCCCCUCACUCCUCUCCGCCUCCCCGCCGCCAUGCUGCCUGCGUGCCGCCGCCCCGCCGCCUGGGCCGGGUUAGGGCCGGGCCCGGGGCUUGGGCCGGGUCCGGGUCCGUCAGCGGGCGGUGGUGCCCGUCAGGGCGGUCUGGCUUUCUACGCGCUGUGGGGGCUGCGGGAGCCGCCCCGGCGGCUGGGCAGCCAGUCCAGCAAGAUGGGCUACCAGGCUUGGCUGCCCCUGCCGCUGCCCAGGCAGCUGGUGGUGUUUGGGCUGGGGGACUGGAGCUCGUACUCCCCAGACACGAGCAUCGCCGUGGACGUGCUGGUGGCGCCGGGUGUUGGAGCGCAGCGGGUCGGCAUGCUGGGGCCCACCCGCAGGUCUCUGGUGUGGGAAGGUGACUGGAGGACGGAUAUUUUUAUGGCCUCCUUGAAAGAGAUGGACAAAGGCAACUCUGUGAAAAUUGUCCUGACUGUUGAUGGACAGCUGCUCCGAGGAAUCUCCAGCAGUACACCUGCCCGCCCGUUUCUGGUCCCGGAGAUGACCCCGUCCCCAGUGCUCCCAGCUGACAAUGCACCCCUCAGUCAGGACCUGGAGGAUCCUAGUGCUGUCAAAAGUCAGAGCUCAGAGAUGGCUGCUAAAGCUCCCAGGCCUGGGAAGAAGGAUUUCCGCCCACCGCUGAGGACCCUGGUGGUACCCUGUGCCCUGGAACCACCGUCUGGAAAGAUGGAACCCAGUGAGGCCUGGAGGAAGAGCCCUGUCUGCCCUAAGAAGCCCAGGAAAGUUUUAUUUGAACCCAGAGCAUCUGAGAAAGAUCUUGAUGCAGAAGAUCUGGCAGUGGAGGAGUUGCAAGGCAGCCCCAGCCCGCGGUGGCGCCAUGCCUUGUGCCUCAGUGACCCGGCAAUGGCUGUUCUGGUUGGCGGAGAAGGUGUCGAUCAGCGGUCCUGCAAGGAUGCGCUCUGGAAACUGGAAAUUGACAGUGAUUUCUGGUUUCCAGUGGGUCUCCAGCAAGAAAAUGCUAUGCCAUCAUGCUUGCGUGGUCACACUGCUACGUAUGACCCAGACACCAAGCGUAUCUACGUCUUCGGGGGCAUAAAGGAAGACAAAGAUUACAGCAGCAUCUACAUUUUGGACACGGUCACCUGGAAGUGGCUUCCUGUAGCUGCUAAAGGGAGGAUGCCAAUGCUGACUUACCACACUGCAACCAUCUACCGCAAGGAGCUCUUUGUUUUUGGAGGGACUUUCCAUAAAACGGCAUCACAGGCAGUUGGACUCUGCAGCAAUGUGCUCUACGUCUUCAAUCCAGAGCAUGAAAUUUGGUACCAGCCCAUCUCAGAAGGGGAGAAGCCUCUGCCUAGGUUUGGGCAUUCAGCUACUCUGCUGAAGAAGAAGCUGCUGAUUUUUGGCGGUCAGAGGACUUCUCUCUACCUCAGUGACAUGCACAUCUUGGAUCUGGGUUUCAUGGAGUACACACCAGUCCCUUUCCUUGCAGGACAGCCUUCUGCACGUUGUUUUCAUGCAGCUCUGGCUGUGUCGGACUGGAAGGUUCUGAUCAGUGGAGGCUACAAUGCCAGGGGAGCCCUGCAGGACGCCUUUGUUUUUCGCCUGGAUACUCUUUCAUGGAGUACAGUGAGCCACCAUGACCUCUGCUCUGUGCCCCGAGCUGGCCACACAUUGCUUCAUCUGACUUCCCCCCACCUGAUGGCUGUAGGCAAGGAGAACAAAGAUGAGCAUAACCUGCACACGGUGUUGGUCUUUGGGGGCUCCAACUGUGCCGGGACCUUUUACAACAGCACAAUCAAGAUCCAGCUGGACCUAGGAUAAUGCAGGAUAAUCAGAAUGAGUCUGGACCUGCAAGGACUCUUCACCAGCAUAAAGACAAGGGUGGCAAUAAAUGAGUCCAAGCAA